AUGGAGUACCAAACGCUUCUCCUACUUAUUACUUUUGUGUGUGCUACCAUUCUCAUCUUCAUUCUUAGAAAAUUAAACCAAACUCAAAUUUCUACUAAACCUCCACUUCCACCAGGGCCACACCCACUUCCCAUCAUUGGUAACAUCUUAGAACUUGGUAAAAACCCACACAAAUCUCUCACAAAACUCUCUAAAAUCUAUGGACCAAUCAUGACACUAAAAUUAGGAACAAUAACAACCAUAGUAAUCUCAUCCCCUCAAGUAGCCAAACAAGUCUUACAAGAAAAUUCACAAAUUUUUUCUAGUAGAAGUAUUCCACAUGCUGGCUAUGCACUUGAUCAUCACAAAUUCUCACCUGCAUGGCUUCCAACAAUAGACUUGUGGAAGAAACUAAGAAAAAUUUGUGCCACAAAAGUAUUUUCUACAAAAAUGCUAGAUUCAACAAAAAAUUUGCGCCAACAAAAGUUGCAAGAAUUAUUAGAUUAUGUGAAUGAAAAAAUCCAGAAAGGCGAGGCUAUUGAUAUUGGUGAGGCUGUUUUUACAACUGUCCUUAAUUCAAUUUCAAACACUUUGUUCUCUAUGGAUUUGGCUCAUUCAAUCCAUGGCCAAGAGUCUCAAGAAUUUAAGAAAAUUAUUUGGGGUAUCAUGGAAGAAGCUGGGAAGCCUAAUGUUUCAGAUUUCUUUCCCAUCCUUCGUCCCUUAGAUCUACAAAGUGUGUAUGCAAAGACCACCAAACAUUUGAAGAAGUUAUAUGAUAUUCUUGAUGAAAUUAUUGAAGAAAGAAUUAGUACAAGAUCUACCAAAGCUGAUUCUGGGGAUGUUUGCAAUGAUGUGUUGGAUUCACUUCUUAAGAGCAACAAUAUUGGAGAAACCACUCUGGAAUUAAGCCGCGAUGAGAUGGUGCAUCUGUUUAUGGAUUUAUUUGUUGCUGGGAUUGACACAACAUCAGGCACAAUUGAAUGGAUUAUGACAGAGUUAUUACGUAAUCCUGAAAAAUUAACAAAAGCACAAAAAGAGGUAUGUCAAGAAAUUGAUAAAGAAGAAACGAUUGAAGAAUCGCAUAUUUCCAAAUUACUUUUCUUACAAGCAAUUGUGAAGGAAACUUUUCGGUUGCACCCAAGUGCUCCAUUAUUGCUACCCCACAAAUGUGAUGAAACUGUUCAGAUAUUAGGCUUCAAUGUGCCAAAAAAUGCACAAAUAAUAGUUAAUGUAUGGGCCAUGGGAAGAGAUCCAACCAUUUGGGAAAAUCCAAAUAUAUUUAUACCCGAAAGAUUUUUAGAGUGUGACAUUAAUUAUAAGGGUAAUAGUUUUGAGCUUAUACCAUUUGGGGCGAGCAAAAGAAUUUGUCCAGGAUUACCUUUGGCUCAUAGGGUUCUGCAUUUAGUGGUGGCAUCCCUUUUACGCAAUUUUAAAUGGAAUCUUCCUGAUGGGUUAAAGCCAGAAGAAGUAAAUAUGGAGGCGAAAUUUGGGAUAACUUUAAAGAAGUUUCAAUCUCUACGACUUCAAGCUACUUCAUCAGCUUAA